CGUGAGACGAAUUUCGUGCGAUUUCUCGUGCGAGUCAGCAAGGAAAUCGUAUCUGUGAUAAGUGAGAGGGGUGUGCGCCCCCGGUUACUUGGAUACAGUCGUGGUUAUCACAUUUGACAAUAAACUUUAAUCGGUGCUGCAUGGUUUUGAAAAUAACAUUUUAUCGAUAUGGGUGAGUUGUGUCAUGAAUUAAAGUAUACGUGUGCGUUUUUCUGGUUGCCUACAGAGCUGGGUACAAACACUGAGGGUUGCUCAGUUAUUUUCGUAAUUUGUUGGGAAGUCGAGAAAUGCGGAUAUUAAUUUUAGGCUUGGACGGAGCCGGUAAAACUACGAUUUUGUAUAGAUUGCAGGUUGGUGAAGUAGUAACUACGAUACCUACUAUAGGAUUUAAUGUAGAACAAGUUACAUAUAAGAAUUUAAAAUUCCAAGUGUGGGAUCUCGGAGGACAAACCAGUAUACGGCCAUAUUGGAGGUGUUACUAUUCAAAUACGGAUGCAAUAAUAUAUGUGGUUGAUUCUGCUGAUAGAGACAGAAUAGGCAUAUCAAAAGAUGAACUAAUAUAUAUGCUAGGGGAAGAAGAACUACAAGGUGCCAUUUUGGUGGUACUGGCAAACAAGCAAGACAUGGCAGGGUGUUUAAGUGUUGCAGAAGUGCAUCAAGCUCUUGGAUUGGAUGCACUUAAGAAUAGAACAUUCCAAAUAUUUAAAACUUCGGCAACAAAGGGAGAAGGUCUGGACCAAGCAAUGGAUUGGCUGUCAAACGCAUUACAGAGUAGAAAAUGAUCUACAUUACAUCGUCAUUUUUCUUACUCAAGCCUUAUAAAGAGACUUGUCAUAUGACUGUCACUUAAAAUAUCCCACGUAAUUGGGAAGCUCAUUCUUGUUUAUUUAUUAAAAAAUUAUUAUAUUUUAAA